AUGUGGCACGUCAAUCUCGCCGGUGCGAAACAUGCCUGCCAAACACAUGGCACCGCCCUCCGAGAAGCUGUCGCUGGUGACACGAAACCCUGGGAACAAAAGGGUCGAAACGACCCCCCGGCAAAACUACCCUACGACCCCAUCCAUCCUACUAGACCUGCUGAAAUGCAUAGUGAGCAGGUGCUGAAGUGUCUAUCAACGAAUUUCCUCAGUGCAGCUAAUAAAGUUCCUGAACUGAGGCAAUUGGCACGUGACAAGGAGCCACAAAUAAUAGCCCUAACGGAGACAUGGCUCCAUCAAGAGAUACUAAAUGGUGAAAUAUUGAUCGAAGGGUUCAUCAUGUCCAGACCGGACUCACACCGUGGUCAUGUGGGUGGAGGGGCUCUCUUCCUUAAUGAUUCCCCUCCACCGGCUUUGCGUGUUUUUCUUCCUACCAUCCAAUCGAUUGAGAUCCUAUGGGUCAACAUCAUCUCCCCGACCAGAGACUGA